GGUGCAAGCGGUGUGCAUCAAGACAGAUGAGCCCAUGUGUACUCUGCUUUGUUGAUCAGUUUUUUUCUUCAUAUUUCUUAAAGCCUCAUAGAAAUACAUUAAAUGGGAUUUAAACCAUCACUUCUCAACAUAAACAGAAAGGAUGAUGCCGACGUUGACCCCUCACAUACCGGUACCACAGCCCACCUAUUCCCAGGCCAGGGAGAAUCUGGUGAGAGCUAUCCCACCCAAGCUCCUCUGUCUACUGGCCUGUGGAGGUAAAGAUUGUCGCUACGAGGGACCAGAGUGCUGGAAGCUGAACCAGCAAGUUAUUCGAGGCAUUUUCUCCUCCUGGGUAACAGAUGACAUAGUUGCCAUGGCAAGACCAUCAAGUUAUCUAAUUGAGAAGUACAACAUCAUAGAUCAGUUUCAAAGGUUAAACAUCAGGUCGAUCGUUAACAUGCAGCUCCCAGGCGAGCAUGCUCACUGUGGACCUCCUCUGGACCCUGAAAGUGGUUUCACCUACUCUCCUCAGAUCUUCAUGGACAAUGACAUUUACUUUUACAACUUUGGGAUGCCAGAUUUUGGAGUGUCAUCUCUUGUUGGGUUAAUUGACGCAGUGAAGGUUAUUGCCUUUGCGGUGAGGGAAGGAAGAGUGGCCGUGCACUGUCAUGCAGGCCUGGGGAGGACAGGUGUCCUGAUAGCUUGCUACUUAAUCUACACCUUGCGCAUCAGCCCGAGUGAGGCCGUCCACUUUGUGCGGAUUAAACGACCUCGCUCUAUCCAAACCCGGGCACAGAUAAGCAAGGUGUUUGAUUUUGCUCGCCUGCUUAGCACACAGCUGGUUCAAUACCCAGACCUUAGCCUGAGACACGGAGCCCCUUUCACCCUGCAGCACUAUCUAAACCGACAAGCACUCCUACUGCACGGCAAGGAGGCUCGCAAUCUCAGACAAACACCAAAGGUGGUGUACCUCCUGUGUGUGCGUCUCUCCUGCUUGGCUCUGGGUCUUCCUUCACCUCCAGAGGUCUAUACUGAACUGGACAAGAGGUCCGCACUUAGGGUCCUGAGCAGCACUGUGAGAGAGACUCUGGUGUCCAAGCAGUACUUGCCCUUGCUGAGAGAAGGUCAUAGAAGCUCGUGGGCAGGUUCGGGGUCAAUGUCCUCAUGGGAUGACCCGUUAGGAUUCUUGGAGAGGAAGAGGGAGGUACUGAUGGACAAACGCAGCUACAGUGACUCUGAUCUCAGCAAGAUCAAGGGAUCGGAGCUGAAUCCAUACUGCACCACAGCUCUUGGUGAUGAGAAACACUGGUGUUUGCCGGAACGUAUGCGAGCUGAUCUCAGACCAGUUAGUCCAGUUUUUGGUGGGCUUUCAUCAGGCUACCAAACCACCAAAAAGGAAACUCAUAUACUCAAUAUUCCAGUGUCCAGCAUGAGAAUAAACAGCAGCUGUGCUAAGCAGUCAAAGUGCAAGGCUAAAAAGGCUCUACCCAAAUACAGUUCCAAUGUGGAGCUGUGCAGAAAUCCACAUAACCUAGGCCCGACCUCGACGGCUCGUCCUGUAGCUAAAGCAAUGUCAGAGCAGGGUCCUCCAGGAGAAACAGUUCUGCAAAGGUCGGCUCUGCUGCAGGAGGAACUGAAUAGUAGUGAGUGUGGCUGGGCUCUGCUGGUCACUGAAUCAGAUCCUCAUGUUCUCUGCUGUCUCUUGUGGACCUGGCUGGAGAAGCUGAGGGACCCUGUCCUCAGUGCCGAGGACAUAGAAAGACUGAGUAUUAGAGCAAGCAACAGGAAUCCUCUCAGUGUGCUCAAGAAACCACAGAGACACACCAUUUACUGUCUGCUGAGCUGCGUGAGCACAGUCACCAGCCUUUGUCCACACAGAGAGGAGGCAGUGCUUCACCGCCUGAUACGGGCACUUACAAGGCGCUCCCAAGAGGAAAUGGAAAGCCUUGCACCUCUAAUGAAAGUCAUGAAGGCCACUUUGAGAGAAACCUUCCACAACUACAGAUACUUCACUAGAGCCUGCAGCACCAAUGCUACACUUUGAAGACAAGAGUUUAUACAGAAACAAAAACUGAUACUGCAUAUUGUUGUUGUUGUUGGGGUAUC